AUGGCUCGCGGCGACCGCGCACCCAAGAAGUUUUCCUUCCCUCUACCUCGCCGCUCGCGACCCAAGAACGACGACCUCGACGUCCGCCCUGCACCGUCGAUUGCCUCUGGUCCCGACAGGCCCUCUCGUCCCGAAGACACCUCCAGCAAAGCACACCGAAUCCUAGGGACGUCCGAUGUUCUGCAUCGCUCGGCAUCUCGGCAGUCGACAAUACCACCAAGUCCUGGAUUCAUGUCCAUCACUGUGUCUGAGGCUAGCUUCGGCUCCCACAUCGACGAGAGAAACACGGCAACACCCACCGAGAACGACGGAUACCUGAAACGUCCCACCAUGGCAACACGAGCCUCGUCGAACGUUCUGGGACGCACAUAUACUGGGGAAAGCAGGCACGGCUCGGAUAGCAGUUCCCUCCAUCGCCGGCUACACCCUCAAACGUCGAAUUCGACCCUUCGAUCACAUUAUGAUGCAAAGAAGUCGCCGCUGGCCAUCUCCCAGCAAACUUCCGACUCGGCAGUCAGAGACAGGGCUUUGCGAAGAGGGUAUCCCCCGGUGUUGACGGAUCAUGGUUACGACAUUCACGAAGCGAGUCCAGUGUCGCCGGUCAUCCUGGAGGAAACGAGGAAGAAGGAAUACCGAAAGAGUAAGCCAGCCCGGCUAGAUCUUACAAAACUGUUCCCCAAGCCGAAGGAUGGCAGCGACGGUCAUGGCGGUACGCUGCUUUCGCCUGCCAAGAUGGUCAACUCGCCGGCCGCCAUGUCAUCCACCUCUGAGUUCUUUCCUCGCCCAAUGACGAGGCAACCGACGCCACAAGUACAGCCUGCCAAAUUACAGAAGAAGAAGAGCAUGAAGUACCAUAAUCCUCCAGUAAAGCCUCAACCUCAACCUCAACCGCAUAUGAGUCCAGUACGCAAAGUCAAGAGAGAUCAGUAUGAUAAUGCCAAGAUUCACGUACGCCGUCCACCAAAGGGCGUCCAGCACUGGUUCGAUGCGCUCGAUGAGGAUAGUGAAGAAAGUGAGGAAGAAGUGCGCGACUUAGAAGACAAACGCCACAACAGCGUCGCGACUGAGCCAGACCUUGUGCCAGACCUUGUGCCUACUGCUAUCGAGGCUUGGCAAGUCAGGAAUGCAUCUCGUUGCGAUAGUCGAUCGCAGAAUCCCACACCAACGUUUAAGAGGGACAGUUUUGCGCUUGAGGAUAUCGUCGACAUUACCCAUCUGACCUCACCCAGCCAGUACUCUUUGGACACAUAUCGCUCACAUACCUCAGCAAAGACCAAGACGUCAGCUAUCUCCAAGACUAAUCUCCAGGACUCUAGUGUCUUGUCGUUCUCCUCGUCUGAGGAUGAAGCUGACGACCGGUCACGAUCCCGCAAGGGCAGCGUCCGCAAGAGCAUGGAUAGCGCCGACUACACAGGGGAGAUCGUGAUCGGUCGGGCGCAAGCUUACGAGCUUCCACCACAUCGCCGUAUGCAGUCGUCGGGAAAACUGAGCAUACUCUCAACGUCAACAAACGCCACUAUCGAAGUUAUGUAUGCACCAGAACCGCCUUUCCCUUCGUAUCAUCACCCUCGUGGCAGUACCUACAGCGGUGGCAGAUUGUCCAGCCACGUCAGGCAGCCCUCGAUCAUUCACGAAGACGACGACAUCCGUCCAAAGACCGCUGUUACCCAGCCGAUUUCACCAACGGCACACAGUGUUGUGAGCACGCGCACGUCAGCCAGCGCACCACAGGCUCAGUCCGAAGGGUCACGCAAAUUUAUGCAAGUCACGCCAGAAGAGGAGGCUUUGUUGGAGCUGAUGAGGAAGAAACGUGCCGCUAUGAACAAACAGAUCGAAUCAUCGCAGUCAUCUACACCGGAACAAGAUCGGCAUCAACAUAAGUCAACUAAACGUCCUACACCGCCGCAUCGCACGUCUGCCUCUCUUGCAGAAGGUAUGUCUCCCAGCUCUGCGCGAAUGGUUGAGUCACGGACCAAACACCGAGCACCCACGAGUGCACCUUGCUCCAUCGCGCCAUCACGUGGCAGGUCUUCGACGACAGAGAGUCGUGCAACUACAAGUCGACUCCGCGACACCUCGGCCAGCACCACUUGGUCAGAUCGAAACUACUCGCCUGUCAGUCGCGGGAGAGUGUCGCACCAACUGCUCACCCCGUCCGUGUUCUCGCCUCAGGACAUGUUGUCUCCCCCGUCUCCACCGCUUGCUGCGAGCUUCGCAUCGCCCACUACCACUGGCCACCCAUCUCCCCUGCCAUCGCCGAUGACGCCUGCUCUUUACGCCGACGAGAGAGACGUCGCUGUGAAAGUUGCAAGCAGUGACACGAGCAACGAGCUUGACGAGCUAGCUAUGCUUGAUCACGGUAUCAUGCGUAUGCCCUCCGUGGGUGCGAAGUCUGAAUCCUCCCACCGACGACGUAGGACCGCAUCCAGCGAUGCCGAGAUAACCUUCCCGGUGCCGCCCACAUCCACCAGCUUCCGCGAUCUGACUCCAGUCUCAGAGGCAUCGUCCCGUGCUCCUAGUAUCGUCGAACCCGCACUUCCGAAGAUGCCGAAGAAGAACGCGCGACACAUCAGCGAACUAGCGCUCGCGAGCAUAGAGACACGGAGCCGGCAGAGCAGCAUUCGUUCUACUGAAUCCCGUACGUCGGUUUACUCGCAGUCAUCUAGCUACUACAAGCCUGCCAGCAAGGGGAGGGCACGUCAUUUGAGCCCAGACGCCAAUGUUACGAGCAGUCCCAGGAUGACGAGUAAUGAUCGGGAUAGGGACAGCGUCAGUGAUGAUGUUUUGGCUGCCUGGGGCAGUCUGGGAGGGACGUACUAG